CAGGACGCGCGAAUAUUCCGUUUUGUAAAAUGGCGGAGUGAAAAGGGCCCGGCAUUUAAUUUAGAAAAACAUAAACUGUUAUUGCCUAGAGUUUUAAUUGACUUGAUUAUUGGGACUUUUAGUGAUCGUUUCAAGGAACGAAAGCAGGUAUCAGUAUUGAUAUGGCGAAGAGGAUUGCAGACAAGGAGCUGACAGACCGGAACUGGGAUCAGGAGGAAGACACUGAAGAGGCAGGGACAUUUUUAGUGGCCAGUGAUGAUGUUAUGAAAAGCAGACCCAUCAAGAAAGCCAAACGUCGUGCUGCGGGCGCAGAGAGUGAGAACACCGGUGCAUUUAAGGGAUUCCAGGGCUUCGCCCUCUCUGCGUCUGGACCGGCAGCGGCAGCCCCCUCCUUCUCCGGCUUUGGUAAUGGUGCCAGCUUCAAGCCUCUGGCAAGCCUGACCAAUGGCAGUAGCGGCGGCGCUGCUCCGGUUGCCACAGCAGCUUUCGGCAGCUUCUCCUCUCCUGGCACCACCAAGCCCUCUACCACCCCUGGCUCAUUGACAUUCAACGGCCCCUCCUCCGCAGCCCCCCCAUUGGCUGUGGGUGGUGAGCGGCAGUGGAACGGCUCCGCCUCCGGGCCGACGGUAGCAGCAGUAAGCGUGGGCAGUGGCAGCGGCAGCGGCGGUAGCAGCACUAACAGCGGCGCUACCAACAGCAGCAGCACAGAAUACAGGCGACAGCUCACCGCACUCAACUGCUCAGUGCGCGACUGGAUCACCAAGCACGUCAACGACAACCCGCUGUGCGACCUCAACCCCAUCUUCCGUGACUAUGAGCGGCACCUGGGCAGCAUCGAGAAGAAGUACGGUGGCGCCGGAGCAGGGGGGGCGGGCGCCACGGCAACCGGGCCCCCGGCGCCCGAUGCCAAGAGCGAUGCGGAGGGGGUGAAGGCUGGGGGAUUGCAGCUGGCCAGCAGCCGUACCUCCACGGCCACCUCCAGCGGCAGCAGUGGUGGCACCGCAGCCCCGUCUCUGUUCAGCUUCAGCAAGGACACCUCCACGUCCUCCACCUCCACCUCGGUGGCCUCAGGGGUCACCUUUAACUUCGGCCAGAAGGUAGACAGCUCUGUGCUGUCCUCGCUCGGAUCCGGCGGAGCGCCCAGCUUCUCCUUCUCCACCUCCUUGUCCUCCUCCUCUGCAUCCACCCCCUCCCUGUUUGGUGGCCAGAGCUUGAGCACCACCACCACCGCGGCAGCAGGAGCAGCUGCCCCCUCGACACCCUUCUCUUUCAGCAUGGCCAAGGCUGAGGCACCCAGCACAGAUGUGGGAACGGGGCAGAACGGGGCCGACGAGGAGUCAGACGAGCCUCCUGUUCCCGUGGUCAAAGAGAUCAAGGAGAAAGAUGCCUUCUACUCCAAAAAGUGUAAGUUGUUCUAUAAGAAGGAGAGCGAGUUCAAGGAGAAGGGGGUCGGCACGCUGCAUCUCAAGACGGUUGCCGAGGGCAAACUGCAGCUGCUGGUCCGUGCCGACACCAACCUGGGCAACAUUCUACUGAACAUCAUGGUGUCUCCCACCAUGCCCUGCUCGCGCACAGGAAAGAACAACGUGAUGGUGGUGUGUGUGCCAAACCCCCCCGUGGACGACAAGAACCCCACCACGCCCGUGCCCAUGCUGAUCCGCAUCAAGACAGGCGAGGACGCCGACGAGCUCCACAAGCUCAUGCUGGAGAAGAGGGCCUGAAGAGCCUCUACCCCCACCCACACAUCCACCUACCGACCCACCCACCCAUCACCCCGAAUCUUAAACCACCACCCUCAACUCACCUUCUGCAUUCAGACACAGAACCAACCCCUGACUCGCAUCCCCCCCACCCCCACCCCCACCCGGUCUUGUCCGUCGGACCCCGAAAUACGGCUCCCCGUCCCAUCUGUAGUGUCACCUGAAAUGUGUUGAAACAAAAGAGGAAAGGGACUCAUUAUUUUCUUUAAGUUGUAGUGUUCAUACAGGAUGGCUUAAAGAGGCAGGCUCCUGAGUGGUAAACUAGGAUCCAGCAAAGGCCUGCUGUCAGGAACAUUCCUUUGGGUUUUAGUCUUUUAUUUUUUUUUCCUCCUUCCUUUCCCCCCCCCGCUGCUAUCAGUUUACUUAAGAGAUUAGACAAAGGGGUGAAUCAUAAAGGUUUUGCUUUUAUUUUUUAAACAGACAAUUUUUAUGGUGAUCUUUUGUUUUUGUGUUUUCGCCAGGUGCAUCAGGUAGGGCAAAGUUGAAAUUGUUAAGAGUGUGAAUGGAGGUUUGUUUGGCUUGAAUGCGUUUUUCUACUUGCCAGGCUCGCACUUUUUAAGAAAAAAAGAAAAAAAAACAACAACAAAAUGGUGGCUGUGAAGGCAGCGUCGGCAAUCUCAUCUGUUAAGUAUCUGAAGACCGGAAGGAGACGGUGAUGUGAACAGAAAGUUUUGUGAAGACUGAAUUCUUUUUUCUCUGUAGAUUUUUUUGGCAUAAUCAGAAUGUUGAAUGAUCUGAUAGAAUCGUUUCAGAUGUAAUGGUUUGUUGUCCUGCACAAACUCUUGUGUGUGUGUGUGUGUGUGUGUGUGUGUGUAUGUAUGUGUGUGUGUGUGUGUGUGUGUGUGUGUGUGUGUGUGUGUGUGUGUGUGUGUGUAUUUUGGCACUUGCUGUAAUUGACUAUUUAUUCUUCGAUGAGGGUCUGCGUUUGCGCCUUCCCCUCACUGGGUGAAAAUGGACGCUGUGUAUCCCUCCCCCUUGUCCUAAGAAUGACCCACAAUGCACCUCUGUCCAACCCUGCUGCGGAUAUUUACCACCAAGCAAUCGGUUUCCUGAUGCUACAUUCAGUGUUUCACCGUGGAUCUCAUGGAGGUUUUUUUUUCCCUUUGUUUUUAUUUUUUUCAAGUGACCUUUGUAAGGCCUUUAAUGAUGACAGCGCCUGGUAACAUCUGUAGAUUGAUCGAUUGGAGAAUAAACUACACCAAACAGA